AUGUCGCUCCAAGGGAAAGUCGCUAUUGUCACCGGGGGGGCCCGAGGCAUUGGAGCAGGAAUAGUUCGCAGUCUGAGCAAGGAAGGGGCAAAGGUCUCCUUCAAUUAUGUCUCUGCAUCAUCAAAGGCAGCCGCAGAUGCUCUCGUCCAGGAACUUCGCAAUGAAAACAAAGAGGCCCUCGCCAUCCAAGCAGAUAUGACUGAUAUAGAUGCCCCUAGUCGUAUUGUCCAGGCGACUCUGGCCGAAUUCAAAACAGAACAAAUUGAUAUCCUGGUCAACAACGCCGGAGCGGGGGACAACCGGCCGCUGGAGGAGGUGACGGUCGAUGUCUAUCAAAAUCUGAUGGAUGUGAAUGUCCGCGCGGUGAUUUUCAUGACGAAAGCCAUUCUUUCGUAUAUUCCUCGUAAUGGCCGCAUUAUUAACCUGUCCUCCAUCUCGGCUCGGGGUGGGUAUGCCACACAGUCGGUCUACGCGGCCACCAAAGCGGCUGUUGAGGGCCUCACUCGAGUCUGGGCUACCGAGCUGGGGCACAAGUACGGGGUCACGGUGAAUGCUAUCAAUCCAGGACCGGUGAACACGGACAUGUACAGAGCAGCAGGGCCAGUGCACCUGGCGCGCAUGGAGGAGCAGAAUAAAAAGGUUCCUGCUGGGCAGCGAUGUGGCACGGUUGAUGAUAUUGCAGAUAUUGUGACUUUUCUUGCGCAGGAGAGAUCUAGAUGGGUAACAGGAGACGUAAUUUGUGCGAAUGGGGGCAUGUUAUAUAUCUGA